AUGGCCUUCCGUCGACCGUUCCCCGCGUUGGAGGACUAUCCGGGGUCGCGGUCGGACCAGAUAUUCAUCGCGUUCCUCGACUACACGUAUUCUCCCGAAGUGAAGGACUUCCUCGAAGCGCUCUCGCCUGAAGAGCUCACGCCCGACGGCGAAUCCACCGUCGCCCCACCCAUGCGCACGUUCCCGGACCAGCAGGCCAACUUCAAAUACUGCCCCCCGCUGGAGAUGGCGAUCGUCAACGUGCGGUACGACCCGCGCACCCCCUUGGUCAAGUACGGGUAUUUGACAGCCUACGACACGGCGACGGCGCGCGAGGUAGUCGUCUUGUUCACGCCCACCGAGCUGUGGACUGGGCCGCGGCCGCCCAUUGAUGCCGUGACCCGGCAACAAAAGUGGCCAAUGGGCUUCCUCUUCCCCUUCGCUCACGAGGUCGCGCUCAAUCUCCGCCAGCAACUGCAGCCGCUGACCUAUCGUGAGCUUGUCACCUGCUCGUUUGUGUUCGUCGGCGCCGAGCAGCUCGCCGCGUUCUGGGUCGACGCGCCAGACUCGCCCUUCACUAACCCGCUCACCUGUGAUGCGCUGCAUGCCGGCUUUGUCGACACCGUCAAGUUGCACUGGGAGAGCUGGCUCGGGGCCGAGCCGUUCCCCGAUGAGGCGAUGAAGGGGCGUGGCGGGUGGGCCGAGGCUGUCAAGUUUGUCACGCUCGAGGAGUGGCAGAGACGUGUCCCGGAGGACAUUUAUCGCCUCGCGACAGUCCCGCCUGCCCAGCCGAUUUGGCCGGGGGCGGAGGAUGCUUGGAAUGAGGAGGAGGAGGAGGAGGAGGAGGAGGAGGAGGAGGAGGAGGAGGAGGAGGAGGAGGAGGAGGAGGAGGAGGAGGAGGAGGAGGAGGAGGAGGAGGAGGAGGAGGAGGAGGAGGAGGAGGAGGAGGAGGAGGAAGAGCAAGACGAAACGGAGGAGGACGAUGACGACCAGGAGAAGGAUGGCGUAGUGAUGGGUAGACGAGUACCACGGUUUUUGUAA